AUGACCACUGCAGGCACCCAUACUUUCUACUACGGCGGUUAUUGCAGACUAUGGGCGAUAGCGAGCGUACCUAAUAUAAGUGAAGGCAACACGGAAAAUAAUACGAAAGAUGUUCAAAGUACAGAUUUAAAUAGAGAUGAUGGAGAAACUGCAGAUACAGCAAAUGGUGAGAUCGUUGAGAUAAAAACGUUGCACUCACAUGAUUUAACAGACCAACAUCACACUGACACAAAUCAAGUGGAAAGCUCAGCGCUGCAGUUGGUGUGCCCGCUGGAUUCUCGUCCGGUGCAGCUAAUCUUCCGAGCGUUGCAGGUGGUCAAGGAGAAACGAGUGCUCCUUCGAGAUGUUUCGGGAGUCGUCAAGCCAGGCGAAUUGUUGGCCGUUAUGGGCCCUUCAGGCUGUGGUAAAACAACACUGCUGAACUGCUUGUCCGGCCGUGUUGGCGUGGACGCCGGUGAGAUCUGGCUGAAUCGCGAGAGGCUCACCAAACGGUGGCGCAGAAGAAUCUGCUACGUACAACAGCAGGAUAUUUUUUUCCCCGAUCUCACCUUACGGCAGACACUUGAGUACCAGGCGAGGCUGAGGCUUCCGGACACACUCUCACACUCCCAGAAGAUGCAGUGCGUGGACCACAUCAUCGAGGUCCUCGACCUCGCGGGCUGCCAAGACACCAUUAUUGGAGAUUAUUCGAAGCGGGGUAUUUCCGGUGGUGAAAAGAAGAGGACGAGUAUAGCCUGCGAAUUACUCACGAAUCCAUCAUUAAUGCUACUCGACGAACCCACGAGCGGACUCGACUCGCAUUCGGCACAGGCAUUGAUCUCGCGGUUGAAGAAAUACGCCGAGCAGGAGGGUAAGAGUAUCGUGGUGACGGUACACCAACCUAGUUCCCGGAUGUUCCACAGUUUUAGCAAGCUUCUCCUACUGAGUAACGGUCAGGUGGCGUACUACGGUUCGACUGCGAAUGUCGGUAGAUUCUUCUCCACGAUAGGACUUACGCUACUGCCGCAUUACAACCCCGCAGACUUCAUUCUGGAACAAAUAAAGGGGCCAGAGGAGGUUCGAGAUCGCAUCGUUGCCGCAGCGAGAGCUGCAAGACAGGGACCUGACUGCCCACCGGAACUUCGCCCGGAGUAUAAUCCCAGCCAACAUCCGCUCUGCGACCAUCUCAUCCAUUAUCACGAGCACCACAUCAGCCACAACGUAAAGGAAGACGAAGGCCGCACGCUGUGGCUGGACACACAAAGCCACGCCAGCAGCAGUGCGAGUUCUGCCGAUGACGACUAUUCCUGGCAGUGGCCCACCAGUUUCUGGUCGCAGUUCAGAGUAUUAGUGGCAAGAAAUUUUCGAGAGGCACGACCGCGGAUGUGGUCGCGUCUUCACUGGCUGCAAACGAUAGCUCUCGGGCUUCUAACUGGGCUUUUAUGGCUGAGUCUUCCCAGAACUGAAGCGGCCAUUCACGAUAUCCAGGGGUGGAUGUUCUUCAGCAACACGUACUGGAUGCUUUUUGCACAUUUUGGAGCGCUCACUAGCUUUCCCCCGGAGCGCGAGGUGAUCAACAAGGAACGCCUGUCAGGAUCCUAUCGGCUCUCGGCCUACUACCUGGCGAAGAUGGCGGGCGAGCUACCGCUGACGGUGAUGCUGCCCGCGGUCUACCAUAUAAUUAGUUACUCGAUGUUGGGCUUCCAUAAUGUAUCGGUCUUCAUCACGCUGCUCAUAUUUCUGCUGAUCAAUACGAUAGUCGCGCAGAGUGUCGGAUUUUUCGUGGGCGCUUGCUGCGAAGAUCUGCAGGUGGGCAUCACCGUGUCCGCGCUCUACACACUCUCGACGCAGCUUCUGGGCGGCUAUUUGGCGACGUCGGUCCCGCCAUGGCUAGCGUGGGCCAGAUACAUCAGCAUGAUGCAUUAUGCCUAUCAGAACAUGCAGAUUCUGGAGUUCGACUACGGCGAACCAAUUGCAUGCUCGCAGCCGAGUAAGUUCGCCGAGUGCAGAAACAGCACGACGAUACCCAUUUCCGCGAUUCUGGAAAGUCAAGGCGGGGUCAAGGGUUCUGGUCUACCAUUGUGGGGUUUGUGGGGGAACACGGCGGUGCUACUGGCGUUCUUAAUCGUUUUCCGGACCCUGGGCUACCUCGUUCUGCGUUAUUACCGUGUACCAAAAUGAGCGUGUUUGGGAGACACGCAAGUAGCACGCAAAUUCUCGACACGACUCUCGCGGAUCUUCAGUUUUGUUACUACAUAGAGUAUUAUAGCAACCGUCGUCGCGCGCUGUCGUCGCUGUCGCGUGUCUCGCCUCUUGUGUGUCGGUGAAUGAAAAAAAAAAAAGAGAAAAAAAAUAAUAAAACGGCCGCGCACGCUUCGACGUCGUCCCCCGGGAGAAUUCUCUCCCGUCGAGAGCUGUCGAACGUCUGUAAAGUUUUUCUAUCCAGCUUGAAAACACGGGGGAGCGGCGCGAACGGUUUAUCACGCGAGUGCGAGCGUUUUCACUUUUCCCGGCGCCACGUAUCGAGCAAUGCGACAUAAAAUGCGAGACUGCAACAGACUUGGCGAGAACUCUGUAUGUACAAGCAUAUACACAUAUACAUAUUUUAUAUAUACCAUAUAUAUAUAUAUGUAUGUAUGUGUAUGCAUGUAUAUAUUGUACAUCUAGUAAAUGUUGAAGAAACUUUACACACGUAAGGAGCGCGUAAUGUAAUGCGAAAGAGAUGUGCCAGCGCGUGUUCAUAAAUGUCGAUAGCGCGAACGGGACAUCGUUGUUUUCUCAUUGUUUGCGGCAAGAAGGGUAUAAUAGUAGGAAAAUUUGACGCGGUGUCGCCGAAACUGACUGAAAAUUUGUACGAUGGCGAUGAACCUUUAUACAUACAUAGAGAGAUAUACAUAUAUAUAUAUAUAUAAAUAUAAAUAUACAUAAGCGCAUACACGCGGACGAUAGGUUUAGAUCCUUAAACGUAUUUGUAACUGAUCCAUCACGUUUUAUCUCUUUUUUUUUUACUUUUAUUACCGCCACAAUCGCUAAUAUUUGUUGAUACCGGUAGGAAUACUGCUACUGUUUCUAUCAUUACUUACUACCUUUUUACUAUCGAGACGUUGUAAUUAAGAGAUAGAUGAAAGAUUAUGCUGCUAAUUCUAAAGUUGACAGGGUGGAGGAAAUAAAUCUGUAUGUAUAUCGUGUUAUAUAUAUAAAUUAUAUAUAUAUAUAUCGAUAUAUUGUGUUCCACCAACAAGAUACUAUUAAACACUAUCGACCAUGGGAAAAUUUUUGUAACUGUCAAUGGAGAUCACAGUUGCCACCUCUUCGGUUUUCGGCCGGAGACUCCGGCUUUUUGAAUAAAUCUCCGGCAGACAGAAAAAAAUUUCCGGUUGAUGUAAUGCGAAAGAGACGUGCCAGCGCAUGUUCAGAAAUGAUGUCAAUAGCGCGAACGGGAUCGUUGUUUUUUCAUUGUUUGCGGCAAGAAGAGUAUAAUAGUGAAAAAAUUUGGCGCGGUGUCGCCGAUACUGACUGAAAAUUUGUACGCUGGCGAUGCAUUUUGACGACUUUGUUUUAAAAAAAAUAGUGUAAAAGAUGAUGUGAUAAGAAUUUUAUGGCGCCUUAUUGAUGACACGCACAGUAAAUAACGUGAGAAAAUGGCAUUUAAUUGGAAUUUCUUCCAAUUGUGAAAAGAGGAAUAUGCAGCAUUUUUAAUUUUUAUAAUUUUUUUUUUUUUUUAAGAAAAUAAACUUGUGUCGAGUAUUUUCACUAGUUUUCUUUUUUCCUUUUAAAAAUCGACCUCCAACGAAAUAUUAAUUUAACUUGGGCAAAUAUUAAUUUAUUAAUUUAAAUUGGUGGCAACCGUGAUCGAGAUCCGAAAAUCCGAAAGUGAUAAAAAAGAAUUUUGACAUUACAGACUGUAGGUAUAAAUUUAUCGACAUAAAUAUGUGAACAAUAUAUUAUAGUUUAUAAUGUAAUAUUAAAUGUACAAUUUAUUAUACAGACGCUUCAUAAAUAAUGUCUGUCUACAUCACAUAUAGCCGUAAUGCAUUUUUUCCAUUAUUGUGAAACAUCAAGAUAUAAUAAUAAUAACAUACAAAAUUAAUAUUAUAUUAUAAACUAUAACCGUCUACAUUUUGGCAAUCAUACGAAUUUCCAAAAGUUGUCGAUUUUUAACUCUUUUGAUAUGAAGGAUGAUUAUAAUCAUCCGCUGUGGAACGCUAACUGGAAUAAGCCGAAGAAUACAUGAAAGAAGAAUCAUUCUUACAUCCUUACAUCCAAAAAUGUGCAAAAUUCCUCUGAUUUAAUAGCUGGUAUUAUUAAACAUUUUAUUACGGCAACUAGUGGGAAUGCUUUUCCAAUGCAUUUUACCGUACCGAAAAGGUUGAUAGUAUCUUGUUCGCAACAGUGCAUGAACGCGCGUAUGUGACUCGCGCGAUACACUUUCGAAGAGUUUGCACGCGCCACGAUUCGCGACGAACGUGGCGCGGCGACGAAAAGGAAAUUUUUCCGUCGAUUAUCGAAUUUGUUGGUUUCUCCGAUGUAAUCUCCGUGAUAUUACUCGUUACGAGAAUGGGGAUCCAAAAUUAAUAAGCGGUGUAAUAUUUCAUUGUUUACUCUUUGUACAUAGAGAAUGUGUGUGUAUGCUGCGUGUGUUGUAUGUAAGAGAGAGGAAGCGAGAGAGCGAUACCGCUUAUGUAUAUAUGGAUGAAAGACGCAUUUCAUUCUUAUAUACAUACAUACCCUUAGGCACUUAUAUAUGCGUAUACAUAAUGAUAAUGAUAGUAAUAAUAACGACGCUAAGUAUUAUUAUUCCAAUUAUUAUUACUAUUAUUAUUGCGUAACGAUUUUACUCUAAUUAUUUUAAUUUUUAUUAUUGCUAUUAUUAUUAUAUUAUUAAUUAUUCCCGCGUGUACAUUUUCAACGGACUGAACGAGACGCGCUGUAUUUUUUUGUACAUGCACACGCGAAAAAGGAUAUAUUACGCUGGAGUCGCAUUAAGAUUAUUAUAUAUAAUUCGCGUGAAUCCAUUUCGUUAACACUGAUAUCGUAGCGUGUUGUUAUACUCCUUUCCUCUCCCGAGUUACACAGUCACGGAAAGCCAGUGUUUGUUAUAAAUAAGAUUAAUUAGAUUAGGUUAUUGCAGUUAUAUACAUGCGGAGGACGUGUAUCCGUCUGCGAAUUGUAAACGCAUGUCAGCCAAUCAGCGAGUAAUAAUAUUGUAAGGACAGUGAACUGGACGACUCCAGUGGCCAAGUAGGAUCGCCGCAAAGUAUGGUGAAUCUCUGAUUUUUAACGAAGUUAAAGAGAGACGAAAUAUGAUUGAUGCAUAUCUCCGCGCGCGCGCGCGUACGAACGCGCGUUGUCUACAAUCUCGUUGCUGUUACGAUCGAUAGCUCGCUUUCGCUUUUAUUACCCGGUAUCGCCAAUCUCCUUAACAAAAAUUAGUUAGUCAGGAAUGAACGUUUGGAAUUCCGCCGCAUUCGUCGAAGGAAUCUCGAUUCCGCGAGUCGCGAUCACGGAGAAUCGUCCAGUACACCGAUAAACGCAAUAUCCACCAAGUGUUCAUUGAGUUUGGUAAACGAGGCGAGAAGAGGGCAGAGAGAGAAAGAGAGAGAGAGAGAGCGGGAAGAGAGGGAUUCGGGUACGGAAGGAUCAUUGCUUCCUAAUUAUGUUGAGGCUGAAAGAGGACUGUAAGAAACAAAGAAGAAAACGAAGAAGAAGAACAAAAAGAAGAGGAGGAAGAAAAAGCCGCAAGAGAGUGCAACGUCACCGUGUAAUACCGAGAUGAAUCGAGCCGAGGUUUAAGACGUUCUCGGAUUUUAUGCAAAGCACGAUUCGGGGCCGCUGUAUAUAUUAGACAAUUGGCCGUAAAUGUAGAAAAUCAUGAGGAGAAUAUAGACGCGACUCAGUAGAAAGCGUUUCUCGGACCACACGUUUUUUUCAUUUCUUGAACUACAGAUCAAAUUUUUUUUUUCUUCAAUUAGUUUUUACAUUCAAAGACUCAUCGCUUAACCGAAAGGUCAAGCGAGACUAAUUGCAAUGAUCACGGUAGUCUUAAACUGGCUCUGGCGACAAAUAAUAUCUCGCGUAUCCGAGAGGGGCAGCAAUGAUGAAGCAAAUGUAUAAACAAAGAUUUGGCUGUGUCAACGUUAUAACGUCUGUUGAUUUCUCUGUCGUUUCUUGUUUUAAAUUUUUAACGUCUUGAUGAAAAAUAAGGAAAGUGAAAGGAAGAGCGCGAGAGUAAAAUUCAAGAUAGAGUGAGAUGUGCCGCGAGUGAAUUAAGAAAGAGAGAUAAGGUGUGCGAAAGAAACAGAAUAAAAGAGCGAGAGAGUAUGCGGAAAAGUACUCAUCUUUAUCGCACAUUUAACGUCGAAUGAUGCGUUAAAUCUCGAGGAAUCGCAUAACGAAUAACACAAGCUCGUUCCGUAUAAACAAAAAAUGUGACCGCAUUUCACGUUAAAUUUGUGAUGAAAUGAGUUUGAAUGUUGAAGCGAAGGAAAAAAAGGCUGUUUCGGAGCCGUACGUCGUUCACUGAUCGAGCGAAGAGAGUAGGUGUGAUAUACAUAUACAGCUCUACACGCCCAUUUUCGAUUGCCGACGAAUCGAAGUAACUUAUUUUAUCUCUAUGUCCCCGAAUGGUAAAAAAUCUGUGAACAAACGCGAACAAAAAUCGAGCGAAUAUAACGAACGAAUAUAACUGCACCCCGCUUUUGCAAGCGGUUAUAAAACGAUCAUUCUCUCUACGGAUAUUCUCCCCGCGAGGAUGCAGACGUGCAUCGUGGGUGCAAAAAAAAACGUGGACUUUUUUCUUUACCGCCUCCGACGCUAAUUCUAUCAUACGCAGGAAAACGCACUUUUUGACUCAUGUAGACGUCUUUUCAAAAUUUUGAUAUCCAUAUAUAUACAAUUACUAUACAAUAUACACCACUGACUGUUAAUAAAACCCGCGCGACUGGACAUUUGUAUGCGUUUUACAACUUUAGCAGCGAGCUCGGACUGUGUGAUCGAUUAUUCACACUUGGAAACCGUAAACUGCACGACUCACAUUUUCUGCUGGAUGCCGCAAAAGUUGGACGAGGAAAAAAAAUGCUUCGUCUCGUUAAUAAACGCGACUACGAUUCGAGACGAGCGUGUUUAAAUCGAUCGGAAAUUAACAUGUGCACAUUGGUGCACCAUCGUUUUUUCACGCGGACCAGAAUAGAUAAUUGCAAAAGGCAACCUAAUGGUCGACUUCUAUAUAGCUGUUCAGAAAAGUGUACACACAAUAGCGGCAAUUAGAUUAGAAAGUGAGACUAUUCUUCCGUAACAAAAAUUUAAUUAAAAAAAAAAAUUAAUGACACAUUAUUCUUUUCUUAAUGAUUAGAAUUUAAUAGAAUUAAGACAUUUUGUUGAAAUUGGUUUGCAAAUAAUUGUAUUCAAAUACUUGAGUUUUAUGAGCUAAACUUAUUCAAUAAAACAAAUUUUUUUUUUUCGAUUUUGAUUAAGAUAGAACAUUUUAUUAUUUAGUAAAGUGAAAGUUUAAUAUAAUUUAUAAAAUUAUAAUUUAUGAAUUUAUGAAAAAGUGGCGCUACUGUUAUACAUUCUUUAGAACAUCUGUAUACUCGUUUAUAUAAUGAAAUAUUACGAAAGUAAAAAGCACGAGGAAGCACUUUCGAUUUAUUCGCCAGAUCGGCGAAUUUGGAUAUUACUGAUAGCUGUAUAAUGUGUAAUGGAACUGAUCGUGAUUUAUAGUAAAGCAACUAUUUUUUUCCGCGAAA